CUUGCAUUGUUUCGUGUGUGUAGUGACGUGCCGAGGAUUAUUUACGUUGCCGCUGUUUGUUUAGCGCCCGGGCGGCGUGGCUUGUGAGGCAAGAUGCUGACACUGUUGGGGCGCAGCAGUUUGAGCUUGGUAGCCAGGAAUUUUGGAGCCGCUCUACGACAACUGCAUCACACUCCUUUGUAUGACUUUCAUGUGGCUCAUAAUGGCAAGAUGGUGGAAUUUGCUGGCUAUUCUCUCCCUGUGCUUUAUGGCAAGGAGGGAAUCAUCCAGAGCCACAUGCAUACUCGCACUGCAUGUAGCAUGUUUGAUGUCUCCCACAUGCUUCAGGUGCACAUUCAUGGGAAGGACGCUGUGGCAAUGAUGGAGUCGCUGGCGGUGGCGGACGUGGUUGGGCUACCACCGGGCUGCGGCACGCUCUCGCUGUUUACCACCGAGACGGGUGGCAUCAUCGACGAUCUGAUCGUGACACGUACGGCCGCCGGCCCGCUCUACGUGGUCUCCAACGCCGGCUGCCGGCACAAGGACCUGCCCCUGAUGGAGGGGCGCGCCGCCGAGCUGCGGGCCCAGGGCCGCGACGUGUCCGUGGAGGUGUUGGAGAGGGGUCUGCUCGCUGUGCAGGGGCCGGCCACGGCCCGCCUGCUGCAGCCGCUCACCUCGCUCGACCUGACCCGGCUGACGUUCAUGACCUCGGCGCCGGCUGACGUGUGCGGUGUGCCCUGCCAUGUCACGCGCUGCGGCUACACCGGCGAGGACGGCGUCGAGAUUUCGGCGCCGGCCGCGCGUACCGCCGAGCUGGCCGAGAGCUUGCUGACAUCUGGCGGCGGGACGCUGAAGCUGGCCGGUCUGGGCGCGCGCGACUCGCUCCGCCUCGAGGCCGGCCUCUGUCUGUACGGCAACGACAUCGAUGAGGCGACCUCGCCGGUGGAAGCCGGCCUGGCCUGGACCGUGGCCAAGCGGCGCCGCGCCGCACGCGACUUCCCCGGCGCCGAGACGAUCCUGGCGCAGCUGCGCGACAAGCCGGCGCGCCGCCGCGUCGGGCUCGUCUCAGAGGGGGCUCCAGCGCGCGCGCAGGCACACAUUCUGGAUGCCGAGGGACGGCAGGUGGGCUCUGUGACCAGCGGCUGCCCGUCUCCGGCGCUCAAGCACAAUGUGGCGAUGGGCUACGUGGAGGCAGCGCACGCCAAGGUGGGCACCGAGCUGCUGCUGGAGGUGCGCAAACAGCGUGUGCCGGCGCACGUCGUCAAGAUGCCAUUCGUUCCCAGUCGGUACUACACGCACGCCUAGAGAGACCUCGGCUGCACGCCCGGCGGAAGUCAGCUGCGGGAAGGUGGGGCACUAGGGCUGUGGUUACGUGGGCUGGGAGGAAUAGCUAAGCACUGUGGUGGUCGCCUAGUGGACGAUGGUGGAUGAUACGCUCGGUGCAGUUAUGGUGCCACAUAACGGGUGCGCUGGGGCAAGCACACGUGCUGUGCUGAGUCUGCAAUGGCGCAUUCUAGUAUGUAGGGUCACUGCUUCCUGCCAGUGCUGCAGGUGUCUUGGACAUCCUAGUUCCAGCACCUGCCUGCUCGGAAUAUCUAAACGAUGCUGUACUGUCGUCCUAUUUGGUAAGAGCGCCGGUGGUGCGGCAGGUCUUUCGUACGAGCACCGGUGGUGCGGGGGUCUGGUACGAGCACUGGUGAUGCGGUGGAUCUUUGAUAGACCUGUAGGUGGCGACGCGGCCUCGUUCAGCCCGGUCGGCCGGCGCGUGAACCUGCUGCAGGGGCUUGCCAGCAGCAUCGGGGGCUGGUGUGGUCCGGGCUGGUUUCCCCCGGUCCACCGAUGACGGUUGUUGAUAGUGCUAUUGCGGGGUCGAUUAACCACUGUGUGCUGUAUAGGGGGAACUGUUACGGCACGCCUCAAAAAGGUAAAAACCUUCCCAAGGCACACUACCGGGCUCGGAUAGUGAAGCAGCGGGUGCUAUUACGGGAAACAUAGCUAGUCAGAAAUGGGCUUACAUGAAUGGAUUAUCUGUUUGUUUUACAUGCGAAAUACUCACUUGAUCGUGCCUCUGUAUUUUUACGUGUGUUUCAUGUGGUGAUAGAGGAAUCUCAAGGUCAGCUUUUCUUGAAUAUGUCGAUGUUACAUGACCCCCAGGAUCCUUGUUAGUUGGAAAUUAACGAGACUGUUGACGAUGGGUAUUUCGAAGCAAACCUCGCUUCCGUGCUGUGAGACUGCCUCGAAUCAGAUGGCAUUGAAUCCCUUUGUGUGUGAUGGUUUUGUGCAAUAUGUGGUAAGCUAGCUCACUCGGCCAGAGGCCGCGAUUCGUCAGCAGUUAAUUUUGAUAUGUUGUGUAGAAUUAUGCGAGUGUGUCGGGAAACCAUUGUAAAACGGCGAGAAUUCAGCUCAUGCUGCGCGUCAGGCAUGCGUCUAUGGCGUUGAGGCGUGGAAACUAAAGAACGUUUCGUAAUGUUCAGUUAUCCCUACCAACCAUCGUCAACGCUUUGUAACAUGGAUGCGUUUCAGAAGUGCUCGAUGGAGGCGGGGCCUUACACUGUUGUGUUUUGGUUACAAUAUGAGAACCA